GUCCAUCUUGUUUCUCCAUCCGUCAGAAUAAACUUUUCACCACCCAAUCCAAUAAUUUUCGCCAUUUCUUUCAUUGCGGUACAUUUUUCGCAAUUUUCCUGAUAAAUCGCCUCGUAAAAGUGUUCAAGUUUAGAUCCAUUUACACAUUCACCUGCGUAGAAUCGAAAUAAAGUGAAAAACCACGGGAAACUGUUCCGAUUUGUGUACAAAAUCGGAAUAAAAGUGAGCCACCAAAAGAGGGAAGCAGCCGGGGGAGUGUUUGUGCUAGAGGUCAGAGGGAAAUCUUUACCAAGAUAGGGCUUUCAGAGACGGCCGUAAUGGACAUCAUGGCUUCGAACCUUCAACAGCAGCGGGCCAUCACCGAGCAGUUGAGGCGGGAGGCCGCGAUCCAGCGGGUUCCGGUCACGCAAGCCGUGGCCGACAUCGUCAAGUACGUAACGGAGCACGAAGCGGAAGAUUGCCUGCUGGUGGGCUUCUCCAGCCAGAAGGUGAAUCCCUUCCGGGAGAAGAGCUCCUGCCAGAUUCUGUAAGGUGACGGAGAACCCAGUUCCCAGUCGGAAACAAGGAGCGGAAUCUCAAACGGAGGAGCUAAUGGCCAACCGAAUAAUGGACUUAUUCAAUGUGUAUAUUGUAUGGGCUGGAUACGUGAAUUAUUGUCGACUUGUGGAGUCAUUUGUGAUGUUCCCCGCCAUCGUUGUGCGAAUAGAGCUUGAAUGUCGGAGCAUUGUGAAGUUUGUCAAUUCAUGGAACAAAAUUCUCCGGCGAACGUUAAAAACCGUCGUAAGUUCACCCUAUGCUACACACCCCGGUGAUCACAAGCCGUCGUACGUAUGAU